CGUCUCCCAGGCGCUGCCGGUGCUGAGCGUAGCCGCACUGCGCAGGUGCAGGCGGCGGCGCGGUCCCCAUGGCGCUGCCGUAGCGGAGUUGGUGCCUGCGGUCCGGGAUGAGCGCGUCCGAGGCCGACCGCUGGGCGUGGCUGCUGGUGUUGAGCUUUGUGUUCGGGUGCAACGUGCUGCGGAUCCUCCUGCCAGCCCUGUCGUCGUUCGUCUCCAGGGUGCUGCAGAAGGAUGCAGAGCAGGAGGCACAGAUGCGGGCGGAGAUCCAGGACAUGAAGCAGGAGCUGGCCACCAUCAACAUGAUGGACGAGUUUGCCAGAUAUGCCAGGCUGGAGAGGAAGAUCAACAAAACGACGGACAGGCUCAAAACUCACGUGAAGGCGCGGACGGCGCAGCUGGCCAAGGUCAAAUGGUUCAUCAGCGUCGCCUUCUACGUACUGCAGGCAGCGCUGAUGGUGUCCCUCAUCUGGAAGUACUACUCGGUGCCUGUGGCCGUGGUGCCCAGCAGGUGGAUCACCCCGCUGGAUCGCCUGGUCGCCUUUCCAACUCGAGUGGCAGGUGGCAUUGGAAUCACCUGCUGGAUUUUGGUGUGUAACAAGGUGGUGGCAAUCCUUCUCCACCCUUUCAGCUGAGGACCGACGGAUGGAAGCUUCCUCUGCAGACGGCGGAGUGCACGGCCCCCAGUUCUUGUUGGUUGCUUUGGGGUGUGGCACCCGGAUUCUAGUUCUUGCAGGAUCUCCUUCCUGUUCCUGUCCUUGAGCCAGAAAGACUAGUCACUGUGUCAUGUGACACAGUUCCGGACCCGUAAGGACUGAGCCACGAGUGGCGUCUGCACGCGGCGCUCACUCUGGGUGUUGUCCAGUGUCACAGCUGCAGAGUCACACUUUCCCACACACCAAGCCCUGAAAGUGACCUCAUGGGUGUUGUUGGUGUCGCCUGUUGGAAAUGGCAUGUGUCGGACCAGGUUCAGUAAUGUAAGCGUGAAAAGCAGCCUUACAUGUCUAAGCCGUUAGUUCCUGUAUGUGUUCUGUGACCACAGAAUACUGUUUUUAUUUGAAGGGUUUCCAAUGAAGUAUGUGUUUAAAGCGU